AUGAUUCUUAUGUAUACGCACUUAGCGAAAAUGGAAUCGGAGAUUGAGGAUAUUGUAAAGAUGUGUGCGCCUUGCCAAGCUACUCGUCACGAGAGUGCUCAUGCGCCAGUACAUUGGUGGGAAACAACGAAAAAUCCAUGGUCACGUCUCCAUGUUGAUUUUGCUGGCCCGUUUCAAGGUAAGAUUUUCUUCAUCGUUGUAGAUUCGUUCUCGAAGUGGCUUGAAGUUUUCUUGGUGAAGUCAACCUCAUCGCAAUCGGCUAUCAAACCCCUUCGAUCACUCUUCGCAACUCAUGGGCUGUCGGAUGAGAUAGUGUCAGACAACGGGACAGCAUUUACAUCCGAUGAAUUUAAAACAUUCAUGCAAGACAACUUAAUUCGUCACAUUCGCUGUGCCCCAUUUCACCCGUCGUCCAACGGUCAAGCAGAACGAAUGGUGCAGACAACGAAGGACUUCUUGAAGAAAACACCAGAGUGGCCGGACAUCGACUUAAGGCUGUCACGGUUUCUUUUCAAUCAGCAUAUUACGCCGCAUACAUCUACUGGUCGUUCACCUGCAGAGCUUAUGUUUAAGAGACAACUAAAGACAUUUUUCGAUAAAAUUCAUCCGCACGAAUUGCCUACUGCAAAGCACGAAAUUGGCAGGGAGAAGUCCUUCAACGAUGGAGACCCAGUGUGGGUGCGAAACUACUCCACAGGACCUAAAUGGGUACCAGCGAAAAUUAAUUCAAGGAAUGGACCCAUAUCAUAUGCAGUUCAGCUGGACGACGAUUCGCGUAUCAUAAAACGGCAUCUAGAUCAGAUAAGAAUUCGACAUGUAGCUGAGCGGGGUGAUGACUUAGCUCUCCUUAACCAAGACUCUAAAGAGCCAGAAACCUCAUCGAAAUCGCGGUCUGCAGUGAUGGAUGAGAGCAGUCCAUCUUCUCUACUUCAAAAACAGUCCAAUUCAGAGGGUUCUUCGCAGCAUCGGUCGUUCCCCUCCACCGCAGCAGAUAGUUCGACACCACUGGAUGCAAGCAUCUCAUCAGACGGUUGCACUCCACGACGAUCCAAUCGUGUUCGACGUCCACCAGAUUUUUACAGCGUUCCUGCGCGUUAA